CAGCCUCAUGCCUUUGGACUGAUCCCGGUCGUGGAGGUCCAGUGCCAGGUUUUUCAGCGGCCUCUGUCUGGGUCUGGCAGCAGCGCAGCAUGAAAGCAGUGGGAAACAGAAACGCUAUGGCUGCCGCUCUGUCUCUUACUCAGCUCUCCAGUGGAAAUCCCAUCUAUGACAAAUACUAUCGACAGGUUGAUCCGACUAGCAGUGGGCGGGUGGCGGCAGCCGAUGCAGCUCUGUUCCUGAAGAGGUCGGGCUUGGCUGACCUAGUCCUUGGGAAGAUCUGGGAUUUGGCCGACUCUGAACGUAAAGGUUCUCUUAACAAACAGCAAUUUUUCAUAGCGUUGCGGUUGGUAGCCUGUGCUCAAAAUGGCAUGGAUGUGGCACUCAAGAGCCUUAAUGUGGCUGUUCCUCCUCCCAAAUUUCAUGACACAAGCAGCCCGCUGUUAGCAGGAGGAGUGGCUGUUGACAUACCCUGGGUUGUCAAGCCUGAGGAGAGGAUGAAGUUUGACUCCAUCUUUGAUAGUCUGUGUCCAGUAGGAGGGAUGCUAACAGGAGACAAAGUUAAGCCCGUCCUGCUUAACUCCAAACUGCCAGUGGACAUCCUCGGAAGGGUGUGGGAGCUCAGUGACCUUGACAGAGAUGGCAUGUUGGACAAAGAUGAAUUUUCUGUGGCCAUGUAUUUGGUGUACAGAGCUCUGGAGGGGGAGCCUGUUCCCAUGUCCCUACCACCUCCCCUGGUUCCACCCUCCAAGAGGAAAAAACCCUCGGUGCCUCCUGUGAUGCCCCUGUUACCCUCGCCCCCCUCCGUCAAAGACAGUCGCUCCUCCCACGCUGGCUCUAAGACCAUGCCCCACCCCCCUAAACCCACCCCAGCUCCUGUCCCAGCACCAACAGCUGCCUCUUGGGUGGUGUCGUCAGCAGACAAAGCCAAGUACGAUGAGCUCUUCAGCAAGACAGAUGGUGACAUGGACGGGCUGGUGUCUGGACCUGAAGUUAGAGAUAUCUUCCUCAAGACUGGGCUGCCCUCUGCCACGCUUGCACGUAUUUGGGAGCUUUGUGACAUUGGAGACAUCGGGAAACUGACCCGAGAGCAGUUUUCCCUCGCACUUCAUCUAAUCAAUCAGAAGCUGACUAAAGGCCUGGACCCUCCGCAGAGCCUCUCCCCAGAGAUGAUCCCACCAUCUGACAGACAAAACAUCAAACAGAACAAUCUGGUAAACCUGGCAGCUGACUUCUCGGCCAUCAAGGAGCUGGACUCUCUCAGUAACGAGAUUGUUGAACUACAAAGGGAGAAGAGCUCGGUGGAAGAGGAGAUCAAGGAGAAGGAGGAGUCCAUCAGACAGCGCAGCAGCGAAGUGCAGGACUUACAAGAUGAGGUGGCAAAGGAGAGCGAGGAGCUGCAGCGGCUCCAGGCUCAGCGUCAGAAGGUCCAAGAGGCCUUGGAGGAGCUGGACCAACAGAAGGGCUCCCUGGAGGAGCAGCUGGCUCACAUUCGCCAACAGACUAGCCAGGAGACACAACUGAUCUCAUCGCUGCAGCUGGAGCAUGAGGAGCAGGAACAGAGGAUAUGUCAGUAUGAGGAGGAGCUGGUCCAGGCCCGAGAGGAGCUCCUCGCUCUGCAGGAAGAGAGCAGGAGGCUGCAGGAGAAAGUCCAGGCCGCUCAAGAGCAGCUCACACCUCUACAAGAGUCUGUGCGAGACUCCUUCACACAAGUUGCACAGGUUCAACAGAAACUCAACGACCUUCAGGUGGAGGAAAGGUCAGUGACUGCCCAGCUCAGCUGGAAGAGAGCCCUUGAGGACAACUCUCCUGUCAUGGUCAAUGGAUCGGCCGGCCCUACAGCAGAGCUGCACCAGGGGGACCCCUUCCAACAGGACUUCUUCCAGGAGGACCAGCCUAAAGAGCUGAAGGAGGAAGAACCAGCUGCUGUCUGCAAUCUUCAGAAAGAACAUUCAGAUCAAAAAGAGAAAGGAGUGAAUGAGAAAGAAGAUGAAGAAGAGAAGGAAAACGAGAGUCCAAAUACUCUAGAGGAGGAAAAGCCGAAACGUGAUGCCUUGGACGAUCUCUAUACUAGUCUAGCCACCUCUGAUCUGUAUAAUAGCCUGUCGACCCUCACCAAGCCACAGGACAACACUGUUAGGGAACACAGUAGCCCUGACGUCUCCUCAGAAGUUGCAGAUGAUGCAGAGGAAUCUUCAAAAGAGAGCUCACCAAAAGUUGCUUCACCAGAGCAAGAGAGCAAACAGGAGCCAACAGAGUCCCCAGAAACCACCACCUCCUCGUUACCACCUCAAGUCGGCCCUCGCUCCAUGCCGCCACAGACCAACCCUCCCUCCCUGCCUGAGAUGGACUUCUUCCAUUCAGACCCAUUUACUGACCACGAUCCAUUCAAAGAUGAUCCAUUUGGAAAAGCAGACGUUGCAGAUCCAUUUGGAGAAGAUCCAUUUAAAGGGACAGAUCCCUUUGCUGCAGACUCUUUCUUCUCACAGACCUCCAGCACCCCCUUUUCCUCAGAGGACCCUUUCUCUGCCUCAGCUGACCCAUUUGGUACCACUGCCUGCAUGCCAGAAGCAGACCUGUUUGCAGCCAAGCCGAAAGAUGCAGCAGCUGCACCAGCAGCAGGUCCCGAUCCCUUCAACUCCAAACCCCCCAAUCCAUCUUUAGCAGUCAAGGAUCCAUUCAGCUCCACAGGGAACAACAUGGCUGAGUCAGACCCAUUUGGUGGCAAAGUCAAUACCAUGGCAGAGGCAGAUCCUUUUGGUUCUCAGGACGGAGGGACAGAUCCCUUCAGCUGUUCGCCAGCCAACUCUGAUCUGGCAGUGAAGGACACUGCAGCAACCAAUGACCCCUUUGCUCCAGGUGGUACCACAGUGAGCGCUAGCUCAGAUCCAGAUCCGUUUGCUGCUGUGUUUGGUAAUGAGUCAUUUGGAGGGGGCUUUGCAGAUUUCAGUGCCUUGACAAAGUCAAACGGUGCUGACCAGUUUGGCAUCAACAAUAAGAACCUGUUCCAGGAAGACAGUCAGUCUACCAGCUCUGACGUUCCCCCUGCCCUGCCCCCGAAAACAGGCACGCCAACUAGACCACCCCCUCCACCUCCAGGUAAGAAAUCAUCCAUCUCCAGAACAGAGUCCUCUGACUCCUUCCAUCGACGGGGGCACUUCCUCCCGCAGCCUUCAGGAGACUUCACCUCCUCUUCCUCCUCACCUUCCCUGCCUGCCAAGGAUCCUUUAGCCGACCCCUUCGCCCCCUCCUCCCCUCCUCGUCACAGCGUACGGGAAGCUGACCGAUUUGCCAGCUUUGACAAAUACCCAACAGAGGAAGACAUGAUAGAGUGGGCAAAGCGCGAGAGCGAGCGAGAGGAAAAGGAGCGACUUGCCAGGCUCACCCAGCAGGAGCAAGAGGACCUGGAGCUGGCCAUCGCUCUCAGCAAGUCUGAACUCUCCUGAGGAACUUGUGUUUCCCCUUUCCCUCCCCUCCUCCACUGGCCAGGCCAGGCUCGGCUCGGCACGGCACUGCACAGCCUGACCCAGCCCAGGAAACACCAAAGCAAAGUGGGGACUGUAUAGGACUAAUUCAGCAACACCUGCUGACCCCAUAAAGAGACUUUCUUAGAAUAAAACCAUCUUUGAAUCUUUCAGCACCCUGCCCCACCAGACUGUGUUCACCAUUCACUGGCAAUGCAGUAUCGUGUUUUUCCAUCCUGUUGGUCUCUGUGGUUUUCCUUUGGAGGAGAGGAACAAGAUGGAGUGUAUGGAUUGUUUUAAAUGAUAUGCAGUGAAUAUGGAUUUAGAGACUGCCAAGUGUUAAGAUCAUCGUGCUCUGUUGAUUUCAACACCAGGCUACAAAUGCCACAUUAACUCUCCAGAAUGUAAUUUAUUUAAACCUAGAUUGAAAUGGCCCUGUCAAAACUCUUGUCUUUAUCCCCUAGCCAAACUCACUAUGCUUUAUUAAAUUCUCAGCUCUCUAACUUUGAAAUUCAUACUGAAGAUUUCAUGAGAUUUUGCUAGUUAAUGAUAGACGUGCCAAAAAUGCCUAAGUUUUCUUCCAGCGCACUAUUAAUACUCUGAAACUCAGCCAUGAAAAGUGAGGUUUUGGAGGUGCUGUAACAAAAUCUAGGCGUGUAUCUUUAACGUCGUCCUUUUCAAACAGUGACCAUGUACUUUUCCAGCCCUGUAUGAUGGCAGAGGGUUUCCUGUGAGAUUUUUUCUUUUUUUUAAAUCUCAGGACAGGGUGAAAGAAUUCAACAUUUUCAAAUGUUCAACUGGAAGUUACCAGUCCUCUGAUAUGUGAAAUGCAUGUGCAGAUUUAUACUAAUCCAUCACAGCUGCCACAGUCAGCUCAUGAUACUUUAAUUUCUUUUAAAUGUAAGUAGUGCAAAGUUUUGCCCUGCAUCUGUUCUGUCUAUGUUAAAAGUUCAUUUUUUGGGAGAUACUGAAAGGAGUGAACCGACAUCCGUUACAUUUAAUAACUACAUAUUAGUUUGCAUUAAUUUUCAAGACACUACAACAGAUCGCACAAAACAAGAAUAUAACAGUUUUGAUUGAGAACAACAUUGAAAUCUGAGAUUUAAGUAAUGCACCUUUAAAGUUGUUAUUUUCUCACCCGAAUAGUUAUUAUCUUUUAAUUAGUAUGAAACUUUCACUUCUGGCCAGUAUCUGAGUUUUUUUAAUGAUGUGGCCUCAGAUGAAAGAACGUUAUUUUUUGCUUAAAUUUGGCUGCAAAACUGCUGAGUUUGGACAUUUACAGUCAUAGAUAACUUUAAAAAUUGAAACUGGGUUGUCACUGAUGAAUGUGUGUUGAACAGACAGUACACCCACGCCACCUGCUCCCUUUACUUUCACACAUUGGUUAAUCCUGAUUGAUCCACACAGAGACCCCCGUUCCCCCUACUUGGCGGCCAGAGGUCAGGGUCAGGUACAGAGCAGUGUCCCUAAAGUAGUGUCUUCCUUAGUGAAACCCCAGCAGCAUGGGUACUGGGUGUGGGUGUGUGUGUGGGUGUGUG